AUGUUUCGUAAGCAACAGACAUCAGAGCGACUGAAAGUUAAGCAAUUAAUGGAUACCGCCACGAAAAUGCUAUCAAGUGCCCACCUUCAUGGCCAGGAUUCGUGCACGAAGGACUCGGCUGGCUGCAUGCGCGCCGUUGUGUGGACGGGCAAGUCCGUCAAGUUGGAGCACAUUCCGAAGCCAAAGAUCAUGGAAGCGUCAGAUGUGGUGGUCAAAGUAACUGCGUGCUCUGUGAGCCCGGACUUUGCCACUGAUGUGUGCGAAAAUGGUUCUGGGCUGGAAAAAGACCAAGUGUUGGGUAGUGAAGCCGUCGGCGUUGUUGAUAGCGUGGGUGCAAACGUUCACAAACUGAAAGAGGGUGACCGCGUUGCAGUUAGCUUUGUGCUGGCGUGCGGAAAUUGCCGUCACUGCCGUCACCAGGAGUACGCAGCAUGCAAUUGCACGAACGCAUCUCAAGAGUUCAAGCAGAAGUACGGUGGUUGGGCUCCCGCUGCUGUGCUGGGAAGCACCCGCAUGCUAGGGAACGUUCCGGGUGUGCAGGCUGAGUAUGUGAGGGUGCCAUACGCUGACGUCAACUGCUAUAAGCUGCCAUCAGGUGUUAGCGACGACAAGGCCCUUUUAGGAGUGGAGACGACUGCAACGGCGCUUCAUGCUGUAGAUACAGCAAUGGUGAAGGAGGGUGACAGUGUGGUUAUCUGGGGUCUUGGCCCGAUCGGCCUUCAGGCAGCGCACUGGUGCAAGUUGCGCGGUACCAAGAAGGUGGUGGGAGUCGAACAUUCCCCGGAACGACUUAAGUUCGCUUAUGAUCACAUGAACUUGGAGGUAGUUGAUCGACGCGAUUUAUCCAGCGCUCAGGUGGUGGCUAAGCUACAGCAGAUGCUACCGCCGGCCGGUGCCGACGCGGUGAUUGAUGCCUGUGGCAGCUCAUCAUCAAGCGGUUUUUUGGCUGCGUUAGAAAAGACUAUUGGCAUGGAGAAGAAGCCAGAGACUGCAGAUACGUUGAAGGAGAUGCUGAUGAUUGCGCGCAAGUGCGGCCACAUUUCGAUCGUGUCCGACUACAUGUGCUCGGUGGAGUCGUUCCCAAUAGGCCACGUUGCAAUGAAAAGUCUGACGGUCCACGCUGGUCGUACUCCGGCGCAGAAAUAUUAUCCUAAGGUGUUCGACGCAAUUGAGAGCGGAGAGCUGGACCCAUCGGUUCUUAUUUCUCACCGCUUGGCUCUUGAAGAGGUACCCGAAGCCUACUCUCGUAUUGCCAAAAAGGACAGCAAUUUUUUGAAGGUGUUUGUGGCGCCACAUGAGAUGCGUUCCAAGGCGUAA